AAGACACAAAGGUGCUGAGCAGUGUCACCCGUGUCCAAAUGUUCCAUGAAUAUUUCAGAGGGCUGAGACUUCUUCUGAUGCCAACAGCAGCCGUAAAGCGCCUAUAAAGAGCGAGUGCCUGGACAGAGGACAACAGGACACCUCUGCAGACUUCGCACUUUUCUCGCCCACUGAAAAGAAGGACUCCCCCUGUUUGUGUGUCAGCACCAUGGUCAGCGCUCGGGCUCUUCUCCUCGCAGCCACCUGCUGCUGCACCUACCUGUGGCUCGCUCGUGCAGAAGACUCCUCACUGGAGACGCGCUCUUUGGAUUUUCCUUUGAAAACGCAACAGGAGAAAGACCUGAUUGACGCGUUGCAAGAAGUUUUGGAGAAGCUGAGGAGCAAAGAGAUGCCCUUAGAGAAAAAGCUUGGCUGGCUGCCUUCGUGUGACGCCGGGGAGCCGUGCGCCGUGCGUAAAGGCGCGCGUAUCGGCACGCUGUGCAGCUGUCCCCGGGGGACUUCAUGUAACUUUUAUGUUCUUAAAUGUUUAUGAAAAAAACCCCAAAAAAAACAAUGAAUGCAAGAAAACACAAGAGAGAGUUCAGGAGUUUGGAGUGACAAAAUCUGUUGUCAUUCUCCUGGGA